CCCUCGAGGCGCGCGCUCACCUGGCCGCUCACCUGUGCGCGCGCUUCCGCAGGAAGGAGGAAGCCGCGCCGCUGUCGCCUCCCAGGUCCCCGCCGCCACCAGCCACCAUGUCGGCCUCUGCCGUCUUCAUCCUCGACGUGAAGGGCAAGCCCCUCAUCAGCCGCAACUACAAGGGCGACAUCCCCAUGGGCGAGAUCGACUACUUCAUGCCGCUGCUCGUGCAGCACGAGGAGGAGGGCGCCCUGGCCCCGCUGCUCAGCCACGGCCGCGUCCACUUUCUGUGGAUCAAACACAGCAACCUCUACCUGGUGGCCACAACGCUGAAGAAUGCCAACGCCUCCCUGGUGUACUCCUUUCUCUACAAGACCGUGGAGGUGUUCUCCGAAUACUUCAAGGAGCUGGAAGAGGAGAGUAUCCGAGACAAUUUUGUCAUCAUCUACGAGCUGUUGGACGAGCUCAUGGACUUUGGCUUCCCCCAGACCACCGACAGCAAGAUCCUGCAGGAGUACAUCACCCAGCAAGGCAACAAGCUGGAGACAGGGAAGUCGCGCGUCCCCCCGACGGUCACCAACGCUGUGUCCUGGCGCUCCGAGGGCAUCAAAUACAAAAAGAACGAGGUCUUCAUCGACGUCAUCGAAUCCGUCAACCUGCUGGUCAAUGCCAACGGCAGCGUCUUGCUGAGCGAGAUCGUGGGCACCAUCAAACUCAAGGUGUUCCUCUCUGGGAUGCCCGAGCUGCGGCUGGGCCUCAAUGACCGGGUGCUGUUUGAGCUCACUGGCCUUUCAGGCAGCAAGAAUAAGUCGGUGGAGCUGGAGGACGUCAAGUUCCACCAGUGCGUGAGGCUUUCCCGCUUCGACAACGACCGUACCAUCUCCUUCAUCCCACCCGAUGGUGACUUUGAGCUCAUGUCCUACCGGCUCAGCACCCAGGUCAAGCCCCUGAUCUGGAUUGAAUCAGUCAUCGAGAAGUUCUCACACAGCCGCGUGGAGAUCAUGGUCAAGGCCAAGGGACAGUUUAAAAAGCAGUCGGUGGCCAACGGCGUGGAGAUCUCGGUGCCCGUCCCCAGUGAUGCCGACUCCCCGCGCUUCAAGACCAGCGUGGGCAGCGCCAAGUACGUGCCCGAGAAGAACGUGGUGGUUUGGAGUAUCAAGUCUUUCCCGGGUGGGAAGGAAUAUCUAAUGAGAGCCCACUUUGGGCUCCCCAGCGUGGAGAAGGAAGAGGUGGAGGGCCGGCCCCCCAUUGGGGUGAAGUUUGAGAUCCCCUAUUUCACCGUCUCUGGGAUCCAGGUCAGGUACAUGAAGAUCAUUGAGAAGAGCGGCUACCAGGCCCUUCCCUGGGUCCGUUACAUCACCCAAAGUGGCGGCUCUCCCCCUCCCCUAGGCCCUGACUGCACAUGGCGUGAAGAUGGGGCUGGGGGAAGAGGGCAGACUUCUGACUCCCUCCCUUCCCAGCCUGCCCUCCCACCCCCGUUUUCAAUUUUGUAUGAAGAACCAGGAGGAGACGACCCCCCUCCUUCCACGAGUGCCUUAUUGUAUUGACCUGCCUUAAGGGUUGUUGUGGGGCUCUUCCUUUAUAGCUGCUGAUCCCAUGGGGGUCCCCCCCCCCGUUUCCUCUGGAGUUUUAGGGUGAUAUUAAAGUGAUGAAUCUA